AGUGUUAGUAAUUCUUUUCAGAGCCACAAUGGAAGAGGACUCCUCUAAGGAUAAAAACUUGCACACCAAGAAAGAGCCACACUAUAGAGGAGUCCGGCAGCGGCCGUGGGGAAAGUUCGCGGCUGAGAUUCGGGACCCCACCCGCCAUGGCGGCCGAGUGUGGCUGGGAACAUUCCUCACGGCCGUCGAGGCUGCUAGGGCUUAUGACCGUGCUGCCUUUGAGAUGAGAGGUGCUUCAGCCGUUCUCAAUUUUCCAAAUGAGUAUCCUUCAUGCUCUUCUAUGAGUUCCUCUUCAUCAUUAGCACCUUCUUCUUCUUCUUCCUCUUCAUCUUCUUCCAUGCUUAAAAAUGAUUAUGGUAAACAAGUUAUUGAGUUUGAGUGCUUGGAUGACAAAUUGUUGGAGGACCUUCUUGAUUGUGAUGACUAUGCCUACCAGAAAGACUUGCCUAAGAAGUGACAUUAAUUAAUUUGCGAUCAAUUUUCUAUGCUAGAUUCAUUUCAACGCACCUAAAAAAUGAAACAAAAUAAAAUAAAUAAAGCAUAUACCUACCAUAAUGUCUUCAAUAUAAAUCGUUUUACUUUAGGCAGUAUUUUAUUUUAGUGGGUACGGUUUGUAAUAUAUUUGAUUAAGUAUGAUAUGGUUCAACCUUUUAAUUAGUUUUAUUGAUGUCUCCGAUCAAUAAAAUAUAAUAACUUGGCUUAUAGAAAUAUAGUAUUGAAAAAAAAGAGUUAUUCGCCAUUAUAUAUGUAAUAUGCUUCAUCUCC